CCGGGGGAGAGUGGUGUCAGUACUAUUCGGUAAGCCACCUAUCCCGCAAUUGAGAUUCCGAAGGUGAAACGGUUGCUAUUAUGGUUGCUGUUGGUUCUUUGAACUGUGCACUGAGUCGGAGCCUGCCAGGUGCCUCUCAGUCUAGACCAACUCAGGCAAGUGUGGGUGGGCUCCAAGUAGAGCCCGGCGGGCGGACUCACCAGGCUGAUAAGUGUCAGGUGAUCGCAGGUUACCAAAACAGCUUCCAUCUCGUGUAUAGUGUGGGUGCCGAUGAGUUGAUCAAGAGAAAGUCAAAGUGAAGGAAGGCGGCAAGAGACAAUUAAUUCUCUGUAUGCAUACGUACUCAUUCAUGAGGCGAGAAGAUGAUUAUAUGGCUCAAAUGA